UUACUUCCUCCUCUCACUGCUGCCUAAUGAGCAGCCUGGAGGCUGCUUUAUUUCACACAGCAGACAGAACAACGUAGUCACCACCCAUCCUUCUCUUAUACUGUACAGUCAAAAUACUACAAAGGACCUGAGAGCUAGACAUACAGGGACCUAACAUGGAGAAACUGACUUCUGCCAGCACACAAUUUGCAUUUGAUCUUUACAAGGAGCUAAAUAAAAAUAACAAUCAGGGAAAUGUCUUUUACUCACCUAUCAGUUUAUCGGCAGCACUGGCCAUGAUUUUUUUGGGAGCAAAAGGAAAUACUGCAUCACAAAUCUCUAAAACUCUGCAUUUUGAUGGUAUUGAAGAUCUACACCAAAACUUUAAAAACCUGAAUGCUGAAAUUAAUAAGAAACAUGAAUCUUCUUAUGUCUUAAAUUUGGCCAACCGAUUGUUUGGAGAGAAGACAUACAACUUCCUACCAACCUUUAUAUCUUCCAUUCAAAAUCUAUACAGUGCAGAUUUAGGCACUCUUGAUUUCUUGCACGCUGCAGGCACUGCUCGAAAGGAAAUAAAUGCAUGGGUUUCAGAUCAAACAAAAGGAAAAAUCCCUGAGUUGUUGACUGAAGGAACAGUGGAUGGAACAACCAAACUAGUGCUAGUAAAUGCCAUAUACUUCAAAGGGGACUGGGCUGAAAAAUUUGACACUGUGGAAACCAAGGAAAAGCCAUUUCGAUUAAAUAAGAAAGAACAAAAGUUGGUGAAAAUGAUGUAUCAAAAGAAAAAGUUCCCCUUUACUUAUGUCCCAGAAAUCAACUGCCGUAUUUUGGAACUCCCAUAUGUUGGUAAUGAGCUCAGUAUGAUCAUCAUCCUACCAGACAAUAUUGACGAAAACUCCACCGGACUACAGAAGCUUGAACAGGAACUGACAUUAGAAAAGUUUCAGGAAUGGACACGGUCAGAGAAUAUGGGUCCAAUUGAUGUGCAUGUACAUCUGCCCAAGUUCAAGCUGGAGGACAGUUAUGAGAUGAAGUCGGUGUUGUCUAGUCUGGGGAUGGCAGAUGUAUUUAAUCCAGGCAGUGCAGACCUUUCUGCAAUCUCUGGCUCAAGAGAUCUAGUUUUAUCUGAAGUCGUUCACAAGUCUUUUGUGGAGGUGAAUGAAGAAGGCACUGAAGCCGCAGCAGCCACAGCAGGUAUUGCAAAUUUCUGCUUAUUGAUGGAAGAAGAAUUCAACGCUGACCACCCCUUUCUAUUUUUCAUUUGUCAGAAGGCAACAAAGAGCAUUCUUUUCUUUGGUAGAUAUGCUUCCCCAUAGAAACAAAUAGCAAGGUUCUCCUUAAUGUAGCUAAUUAUUACACAGUUUCUGCUCUCAUUAAUCUCAAUAAAUAUGUUUAUGCUCUUUAAAACAAAGUGCUUAAUGUUAUGAAAUUUACUCUUCUUAUGACCGGAAGCAGGAUAUACAUAAACUCAUUUAUGCCAUUUAUUUAAAGGCAAAUAAGAUUGAUAAGUAAAAAUUAUUACAUUGUUUAAGUAAACAUUUACUGCAACUCCUCGAGAGGGAGCCACUCUCCUAUACUGGAUACCUCCUCGCUGUUUGGACCCAUCCUCCUCGGGACCAAACAAGCCUCCUUUUUGCAAGCAGAGCAUCUGUUCAUUCUACAGAGGGAACUGGAAGGACUUUGUUCUGCCUUCAGUGGGUAUUGGCUGAUCCUGGAUUGAGGACUGGGAGCAUAGCUUAGGCACCUUGCAUUAAUCCUUAUACCUUGUAAUGCCUACCAUUCAUUAUUUUAAAUCACUGAUCAUUUGAAUAUGUAUUUUGUGUAUGGCUCCGAUAAGUGGACAAUGGAACUCAGCCUUUGUGUUACUAUUGCUUUCUAAAACAAAACAAAAACAACAUUAGGUAUUUCCACUAUAUUCCCUGUUGUUCUGAUAUAUGAAAGCUUUACUUGCUCUUGCUCUCAUGCGGUUUAUUGAUUGUCUUACAUAACCUUA